GUUGAAGUCAAUUCAGCAUGUUUUCAUGUCAUUCAGGACCAUUAUUUAGUGGAUUUCUGAGGGCUAAUACCUGUGUGAUUGACCUCAUACCGGCACAUAGUAAUGGAUCUUUGGUUUAUCAUUAGGUGAGAAAUUAUUCUCGGGUCUGGAGAGGCUAACGUCAGAUUUUUUUGCGAACGUGUUGCACACAAAGUAAAGGUUGUGUUGUGACAGUGCACGGGUUGGACUGCCGUUUGGAUUUGCCAGCUUCGUCGCCUGGUCGGACGAGAAGUCUUUCGUUCAGCUCCCAGGAGAAGGAUGGACUUCAUGUUUGAUUGGGAUAACGAGGGAGAUCGAUUUUCUUUUGAAGACAGUGAUCGUUUCGAAGAAGAUUCACUCUGUUCUUGGAUAAGCGAACCGGAAAGUCUGUGCAAUAACUGGCGAGGGUGGAAAAAGCAACAUGGAGGCCAACAGAGCAGCCCGUUGAUCCGUCCUCCGAGUGAAGGACAGACAAGUUCAUUAGUGGAGCUAGCUGCCCAGUCUGUGGCCUGUAAUAUUCCGUUUGAAGUGGUGGAAUACUUCCCCCAGCCCAUCCCAGAGUAUCUUCAGCUGCGCAUUGCUUUCUGGAGCUUCCCAGAAAAUGAAGAGGACAUCAGACUUUAUUCCUGUUUGGCAAAUGGAAGUGCAGAUGAGUUUCAGAAAGGGGAACAUCUAUACAAGGCCAAGUGUGUCCGUGAUGCUCUUCAAAUUGGAUUUCACUUGAGUUCCACCGUAAUACCUCCUCAAGGUCAAGGGUCGUUUAAUGUUGCUGUUGUGUUUGAUCGACGGCGGAUCUCAUCCUGCAACUGCACGUGUAACAGCACCCCAUCAUGGUGUGCUCAUGUGGUAGCCCUGUGCCUCUACAGGAUACACCAGGCCAACUCGGUGUGUCUGAGAGCCCCUGUGUCAGAAUCACUCUCACGCUUACAGAGAGACCAGCUGCAGAAAUUUGCUCAAUAUUUAAUCAGCGAACUUCCUCAACAGAUUUUACCUACAGCACAGCGGUUGUUAGAUGAACUCUUGUCCUCCCAGCAGAAUGCCAUCAAUACUGUUUGUGGUGCACCAGAUCCAACAGCUGGACCCUCAGCCAGUGAGCAGACAUCCUGGUGUUUAGAUGCUGACACACUUCAUGAAAAUGUGAAGAAAACUCUGAUCAAGUUCUGUGUGCCCUCCCCCAUGGUUUUCAGUGAUGUGAACUACUUAUCAUCGACGGCGCCACCUGCAGCUGCAGAAUGGCAGAGUUUGCUGCGACCGCUACGUGGUAGAGAGCCUGAAGGCAUGUGGAACCUGCUGUCCAUUGUAAGAGAGAUGUACCGUAGGAAUGACAGCAAUGCUGUGCCCUUACUGGAGAUUUUGACAGACGAGGUGCUGCAGUGUGAACAGAUCCUUGUGUGGUGGUUUUCAACCAAAAUCUCCUCCUCGUACCUGAACAUGGCCAAUCACAUCAGUCGUGGAAAUGGUAACAACAGCUCAAGUGGCACUCAGCACGCGGCAUCAAGUUUGUGUGACGAGCUAGUGACACUAUGGAGACUUGCUGCUCUCAACCCCAGACUCUCCCCCAUACAGAGAGAAGACCUGGCUGCUAAGUUCAAAGAGUGGCACAUAUCCACGAUAGACAAGGUGCGCAAAGCUCGCGGAACCAGUUAUGGCGGAACACUAAACAAUAUGAAGAAGAAUGACGUGGAGGUGUUCCCAGGGUUCAAACCCUCACUGGAGGCGUGUCAGAUGGACUGGAGUGAUUACCCCAUUACAGGGGUCACCUACAGUGAGAAUGGCUGCUCACAUCUCCAGUACAACUUCAGCCGCAGUCAUGAUGGAGACAUGAAAAAGCCAUCAAGGGUUCAAACUGUCACAGUCUGUUCUGAGGACCUUAUUAGUACAGACAACAAAACAACGAUAGUUCAAGGCCCAGGAAAGCUAGCAGAACACGCGCUAGCACGGUCUCAGGAAAAACAAUCUAAGUCACACAAUAGUUUGCGAAACUUCUCUCAUAGUGACAGAUCUCAAAAUGACGGUGCUUGUAGCUCAGGGUCUGAGGGGUUUUGUGAGCCUGACAGGGCUGACCCUCUGUUUAGAGACUCUGAUUCCAGUCUAGACAUUGCUAAGGAUCAUGGUGUCGUACAGUACACACCUGGCCACUGUGUUUAUCAUACCAACUCUGGCCCUCAUCCUCCAACUCACAGUCGGGACCCCCAGUCAACUGGUCCAUGUGAAAGAGUUGGGGCACAGAAAGCGGCAGAUGCUGACCCGCUGGAUGUAGACUCAGACACCUCGUGCCAGGGAACGCUAGCCACUGCAGCAGCUCCCUCACAGAGCUUACCAAAACCUGCUGUGGACCAUUCUAUGUCAGACACACAACACUCCAGUGACGAGUUCCUCAUUUACUUCUAUGAUACCAAAGCUAAAGUACCAGAUUCAGACAAGAAGAAAAAAGACAAAACUGAAGAACCAAAUUAUUUUGCUGGUUUAAAAGCCAUCAAUGAUUGUCAAGAGAACCAGUUUGCUAGAGCUGAGGCACUUCAUGCACAUGGUCACACCAAAGAGGCUAGCAAGCUGGCCAAGCAGCUGGCUGAGGAUAUGUUAGACAAUCCACCUGACCUUCUGGCCGAGGCAGCCAACCUGGCAGCUAUCAAGGGCAAGGGAAAGAAGAAGAAGGCCCAAAAUGUGAUCAGCAUGCUAGCCAGUAACACCCUGUCUAAGGCAGCUUUCUUGUGCAGUGUGUUGGCGGAGGACCCAGACUGUCACCACCUUGCUUUCAAGAUUGGCAUGUUUGGCCUGGAAAUGCCCAGACCACCUGCCUCUUGUAAGGCGUUAGAAGUAAGACAGGUUAAGCUGGCGUAUCAGGAGUCUGAGUUGGUGUCCCUUCUGAAGAAGAUUCCAUUGGGACCGAGUGAACUGACUGUUUUACGAGAUAGAGCUGAACAGCUAAGAGAUGGCAAACUCAAAUCUAGGGGAGAAGCUUUACUACCUCUAAUGUUGGCCAGUUUCAUCUUUGACUCCUUAUGUUUGCCAAUGUUCCCUGUGAAUGGUUCAAACAGCAGACCUCCUAGCCGCUCUGUACAGGUGACAGCCAGGUUACCCAGUGAUGAGAAACUAGGCUUUGAAGCUGCUGUAGCAGCACUAGGUUUGAAGGCUAAUGUGUCUGAGGCAGAUCAUCCAUUGUUAUGUGAAGGAACUCGCAGGCAGAAAGGAGAUUUAGCAAUUGCCAUGCUGGUUCACUACAAAGAUGACCAAGUCAAACUCAGCAAGAUCAUGGACAAACUGCUGGAUAAGGAGGUACACCAGCUGUUUAAGGCCCCUAGUCUAACCACCUAUUUGGCCAGCAAGUCCACUGGAUGUACAGCUGUAUCAGUAGCUACAGGAGAGACACGAGCAGGACCUGAACCUGCCUCACCUGCCCGAUCUGCCCAGUCCGCACCCCCUGUUGGGGCUGUGGGUGAGAAUGAGUCCAUGUCACCCCCAGAGGUGCGUCCCAGUCAGCCUGAGAGCCAGGAGGCCACACCCACCAGAGAGAGUAACCAUUCUCUGCUAGCUGCCCGUAAGGAUGGGGGAGCUGCUGUGCACAGUCUUGAGUACCUGAAUUUAGAGCAGUCUCGGGGCCAGCAGGGCCCAGUCACCAGUGGGGCCAGGCCAAAAACAACCUACCCUGCCAGGUAUAACAGCGGUAAGGACACAGAGGACAGUUCGGCAUUGGAGGAGGAAGGAGAUGAUUUCAAAGCUUUAGAAGCCAAACUCAGGUGUAUGAGCAUGAAGAAGAAGCCUUCACAAGGAAUGGCAAGUAUUGACAGCAGUGCCCCUGAGACUACCUCUAGUGACAACUCCCCAACACUUGUCCGACGUCACUGGGCAAAACAUCAAGGGCCUGGCAGUGACAGUGGAAGCAGUGGGAAAAGCAGUGAUUCCAUUGGCUCUAGUAGCUCUGGAGACAAAGGACCGAGGCCUAAAAUCAGAGACGAGGAGAGUCCUGUAUGGUCUGUCAAUAACAGGGUAAUACCCCAGCUAAAUUUGGAUUCGAGAAGCUCCACUCCAAACAUCAAGGGACUCAGGUACAAAGGUAAAAACAGGGUCAUGCCUACUAUUCCAAAUCAACCAAGUGAGGCUUCUGCUCACUUCAUGUUUGAGCUGGCAAAGACGGUGUUGACUAAGGCUGGAGGGAACAGCUCUACUUCUUUGUUUACCCAGCCCACAGCUGCUAACAAUCAUACAGGCCCACACCGAGCUCUACAUCUGUGUGCAUUCCAGAUUGGGCUGUAUGCCCUUGGACUUCACAACUGUGUCUCGCCUAACUGGCUGUCAAGAACAUACUCUUCACAUGUAUCCUGGAUCACAGGUCAGGCUAUGGAGAUUGGGGCACCAGCCAUCAACAUCCUGAUAGAAACCUGGGAAGGUCACCUGACCCCACCUGAGGUUGCUUCGCUAGCAGACAGGGCUUCUCGUGGACGAGACCCAAACAUGGUCCGGACAGCUUCGGAGCUGGCUCUGUCCUGUCUACCCCACGCUCAUGCCCUCAACCCAAGUGAGAUCCAGCGAGCUCUGAUACAGUGUAAGGAACAGAGUCGUGAUAUGUUGGAGCGGGCAUGCCUGGCUGUGGAGAGUGCUGCCAAGGGAGGGGGAGUGUACCCUGAGGUGCUGUUUGAUGUGGCCAAGCGCUGGUAUGAUCUGUCAGAGCAAGCUUCAGCGGUCGGGGCUAGUGGAAAUGUCCGUGACAGGAAUCACAGGGAAGCCCAUGCAGCAGGCGUUGACCACUCCACUGACCAGCCUGCCGUGGCGCAACCUGAGAUCCCUGUCCCUGUUGCCCCAGACAGGCCCAGCCCUACCAGCUCCCACUCCCAGAUAGGGGCAUUCGGUCAGCCGAUUGUGUCCCAAGCCCAGAUCUCAGCCCCCCAAGUUGUGCCUGUGGCUGGUCAGCUUCCCACCCAGUCCAUGGUCAUCCCUUACCCUAUCCCACCAGGCAACCCAUCACACCCCCAGCUACCACCUCAUGCCUAUGUUCCCUACAGUUAUGUUCAGCCCAUUCAGUCAUUAGCACACCACUAUAGUCAGCCUCACAUUCCUGUCCACACACACAACAUCCACCCAGCAUAUGUCACAUACCCAUACCAAAAUCAGCCAGCAUUCAGCAACUUACAGCCCAUCCAUAACCUCCCUCCAGGCCCCACCAUGGUGUACCACCCAUCUGCCACCCACUUACGCCCUCCACCCACAGCCAUGCCGGUGUACACAAAUCAGAUCACUACUGCACAGACAAUGAACAAUGCCAGUGUUACCCUGGCGUCUAUCCAGCCAAUGCACCCAGUGGAGCACCUGCUGCAACCUGUGGAGCAGCAGCAGCAGCAACAGCAACAAUCGCAGAACAUCACUCCCCCACAGCCUAUGUUACAGUCCACGGUGAGGAACCAGGCACAGAUGAACUAUCUUAUGGCAGCCUAUAGGGUAGGCAUGUUGGCCAUGGAAACCCUGGCACGCCGGGUGCAUGACGACCGGCCACAGACCAAGUAUGCACGGAACCCACCUUAUGGGGAGGAUGUCAAGUGGCUGCUGGCUGUUGCUAUGAAACUGGGGUAUGCCUUGCAUGUUGAUGGUACAGAGUUUUCUUGCUCUCCUGCAGGCACAAACUACUUGCAGCAGUUUUGUGCAAGUGCGGUCAACGCAGUUGUCAGUCCGUUCAUUCUGUAUGACAUUGCCGUUGAGUCAGCUCAUAUCCUGGCCAGGAAUAACCCAACACAAGUGUCCAAUCAUCUGAGGUCAAACAUACUCAACCCACUUGUACAAAAAUGCUUGCAGAUGUUCAUCCAGUGUGCACAUCAGCGUAUUCAUCACAUCAACCAAAAUGAUUAUGAAGAUUUUAUCACCAUUGUCUGCAGCGCGCGGAAUGCAUUCUUCAUGACCCCAGGAGGCAUUGUUCAGUUCAACGAGUUUUUACAAAGUCUUCGAAGAUCCAAGUCUUGUCGUAAAGAUCUCUGGACACGAAUAGUCAAUGCUUUAAGCACUGGGGGCAUUUGACCCUUAACUUAUCUUAGACCAUUUCUCUCAUCUUGGAAUACAUGUUCUUAUAUCUUUACCGUUUCUCUUUUACAUGGCAGUGAUUGUGAUUCACAGCCUUUAACCCAGGAAAUGACAUUGAAUUUUAGACUUGUCUGAACUUGUGUACCAUGUAUAUUGAAUGAUCCUAUGUUUUUCAGUGUUUGAUGCAUAUACACAUACAACAACUUUUUUGUUGGUUCUUUUUUAUUUGUUUUUUGUUGCAUGUUAUUAUUAUUAUAAUUAAUUAUUAAUUUUUCAGGUUGAAAUUUAGCAUGUGUUAUUUUCUGAACUGAAUUUGUAUUGUUGUUCUUUAUUUUAUCCCAUCUGUUGUGUACGUCAUGGCCCUGUACUUGUUGCCAGAUAUGUUCAUAUUGGAUUUUAAACAAAAAUAGUAUAUUCAUACAUUAUAUAUUAGAUAUACACUUGGAAACAUAGUUAAUAUAAAAUAAAGGGUACAUUGGCUGGCCAGCUUAUAGUCAAAAUGUAGAGAAAGGUUGUGAGCAGGGACGGGUAACUAGAAAAGGGUAACCACCUACUACUCAUGAUAUAUCACCAUAACACCUAAAAACUAAGUUAAGUCCAAAAGCUGCCCUCUUUUCUGAAUUGUUUUUAUCCAUCACAAUGUUGGUUCAAUUAAGAAAAAUGCACUUAAAUCUUUUGAAGAAAACAACAGCUUUUGCGAGACAUGUGCUCAGCCCUUCAGACCAGACUUUUCUGGGCAAAAAAAAGAACAAAAAAAAGAGAAAAACUCAUUCUGGAUGUGGUUAGCAUACUGUUUGGAACAAAAUUUACUGUGGUCAAUUUCAUACAUGGGACUUACGUUCACACUACGUUUUCCUCAGCUUUUCAUAACUUUUUGCUAAGUCAUGUGGUCUAGUGGUGUUGUAACAUAAGAGAUACUAUUUCAAAAAAUUUUAUGAGAAAUUGAAGUUCUAUGAACCUGACUACUGACGCCUUUGCUUAGUGAUGUUUGAUUCCAGGAAGAUUUAAGCAUAGAAAAAAACAGUGUAAGGUCAUCAAACGACUUGACAGUCUAGUUGUCCUCAGAUGCCACUUUUUAACCCAUCUUGCUUUUCGCUGAAUUUCUUUCAUCCAGAUGAAACUAACAUUGAGUAUAUAUGUAAACUGGGUGACUGUGCCAAAGGAUAGAUUUAAUCAGUCAUCGGCAUUAAAUUCAAUUAUUUCUGGCCAUACUUAAAUACAUUCUCAUGUGUGUAGGUGAUGUCAUUGUUUUGUAACGGUAAUGUCAUUUUAGUCAACUGAUGGUAUUUGUUAAGACAUACAUAAGUAAAGAAGGGCCCACAACCGACGGUCAUUUUGCUGGAAUUUUAAAAGAAGAAAAAAAAAGCGAGAUCUAGUCCCACGAACUGGCCGUCGUUACCAACUUUUAACAGAUUUAUGCGGUUUUAGAGUAGUAAUCGAAAAGCAGAAUUCUACCAUUAUCACAGGAAAAAUGCAUUAUGACAGAGGAGAACAAGACUGCAACUGGCUGGCACAUGUCCUGACGAGCCAUGCAAUUAGGUCACAGUACAACUAUGCAGUGAUUAGCCAGCUGUAAAAACUCGCUGUCAAUUACGUUAUGGUUACCUAGUCAGCGCUAAAUAAAUACAUUGUUUGUUUUUUUUUUAAAGAAAUCUCCCAGUCAAGUGGCAAAGCAUAAAACACAGUGUGGAGACGUGUCUAGAAAUUACAAUGAAAAUGUUUUAUGGAUUGUGAUUGUAGUCAGCCGUUCAGUCGACAUUGCUUACAGUGAUAUGUCGUAGUUUGUAUUGUUGAGCUGUUAUAAAAUUGUAACCCAUUAACACGCCCUGGCUGUUUGAUAUAUAUGUGUUCUGUAUUAUCUAUCAUCUAACUUGACUUUAAUUCCGAUCUCCGUUCAUCUGUACAAACUGCUCACGUGUGAGAUCACCGAGAACUGUCAUCUCGUGCUGUAGUGAGCCACUCCAACAAAAUCGUGUCCCAUUGUUUCUAACUCCGUUCGUAUCGUCGCAUUUCCUGUGGUGUGGUGAAAAUUGGCAUGUUUUGCUUGCUGAUGUACCCUCAUAAGAAAUUCAGAAAAAAAUCAAUAAAACAUUUUAAAAAUCAUGAUCAAUA